GUCUGUGGAAAGCAACAGCUUGGAGUAAGCGGAGGGUGAGUAGAGACUCGAACCCGCGGUUCUACUGAAUAUAGUCCAGUCUGACUGCUUCUGCGGACACUUCCCGGGUCUGUGGACGUUUCCAGCAGCUAACGUGGGGGCGGAGCCAUGCUGUGACAUCACAGUGCCCAGGCGUCCAAUGACAGCGCUCGGAUCAUGGCUGCGUGUGAGACACCACAACGAGCGGACCAAUGAGGCGGAAGGACAGCCAUGACGGACCGGCACGGGGACAGGGGGGGGGGACGGGGGGCAGUGGUGUUACCGCGGUGACGGGUGGCGGGGAGACAGGCGGCGUUACCGCGGCGACGCUGCCUGUCUUCCUGUUCCCCUCGGAGCUUCUCUUCUUCUCUGAACAGAGACGCUGCCACCGCAGAGUUCUCACUCUCUACAACCCUUACAGCUUCACACUGGACUACAAGAUGUUGUGUACGUCUCCGUCUCUGUACCGAGUGCUGGAGGCCGAGGGCAGCGUCCGAGCCAAGUCUUGUGUCGACCUGGUGGUGCGUCACCUAAACGUGUCCCCGGCUAACUGCGGCCGCAGAGACCGGUUCCGCCUGGAGGUGAGAGGAGGAGGCCAGCGGGGGGGACGGGAGGUCUGGGCCGAGCUGAGAGGGGGGGAGGAGGGGGGAGGAGAGGGGGAGGAAGAGGAGGAGAGGAAGAGGAGGAAACCAGGAGGACACCAGCAGAGGGGGCUGCAGCUGCCACUGGUCCCUACAGCUGUGCGUCCCAGUGUGUCUCAGUGGCUGCUGUGUGUGCUGCUGGCCCUGCUGUGUGCCGCAGUGUUGAUGCUCCCCCUCCACACUGACAGCGGCUCGAUGGUUCCACGCUGCCUGCACGUCUCCACCAAUCAGAAGCUGGCCUGCGCCUACACACUAGGUCUUCUCACCAUGGUGUUUCUACGGUGACAUCACGCUGCCUCUGCUGUUUUGAUGGACUCACACACACACACACACACACAUAGACACACACACAGACAGACACAGACACACACAGAGACACACACACACACAGAGACACACACACACACACACAUA